AUGAAUGACUUUUGGGCCUUUGGCUGCAUAGACAAAAGAGAAGUCGUGUUUGCCCGACCACCAGACUGUUUCUGGACAUGGGGGGAUCGACGAAUAGCAUCGCGGACGGAGAUGAGAGAUGGAAUGUCGAUAAUGAUUCGAGAAAGGCCCAUAUCUCCUGAAGGUGUGUACAGUACUCUCAUCCGCAGUGGACUGCGCGUGGGUUCGUUCGUGGAGAGGAGAGAGGAAACCCACCGUCCUCCGCGCCAAGUUCGACGACUACAUAAAAUACAUGGGGUGGCUGCCCCGGAACCAGGCCCGAAGCACGCCUUGGCUGUAGGCGCCGGCCUCCCCUAA